CAUGUGCACUGUUCUUGACCUUGACCUCAAUUUUUAGGAUUUUCAAUUUCCUUUCUUUGCAGUAAUCAAACGUGAAAUGGGACUAGUGAUUGGCCGUUGGAUGGGCUGGUGUUAGUGGCAAGGAAGGCUAAUAGGAAAUCAAUAGCACCAAACAAGAGAAGAAGAAGAUCAAGAUCGAAGUAAUGGGGAAGGAAUUGGCAGUGAAAAUUCUAGGAAUUUUGGCCCCCAAUUUGUGGAAUGGGACUAGAGAUUGCUUGGGAAACUUCUAGGGAAUGGGUGAGCUGCUGUUGCGCGGAGAAGAAGAAGAUCUUGCACCGCCGAUAGUUGAGUGGAGAACAAGAAGAUCUUGCACCGCCGAUAGUUGAGUGGAGAACAAGAAGAUCCUGCACACACAGAGGCUGGCUACUCAGCGAAGAAGAAGAAGCAAAUCUUGAUGGAGAAGGGCCGACUGUUGGGUGGAGAACAAGAAGAACUUGCACGGAGAGAGGCCGGCUACUCGACGAAGAAGAAGAAGCAGAUCUUGCGUGGAGAAAGGCUGGCUGCUCGGCGAAGAAGAAGAAGCAGAUCUUGCGUGGAGAAAGGUCGACUGCUCAGUGAAGAAGAAGAAGCAUAUCUUGCAUGGAGAAAGGCCAGUUGUUGGGCGGAGAACAAGAAGAACUUGCACGGAGAGAGGCCGGCCGUUGGGUAGAGAAGUUGUAGGGACGGGGUGGGCUGCUGUUGGGUGGAGAAGAAGACCCUGCACAGAAAAGAAGCAAACUGAAAAUUCUAGGGAUUUUGCCCCCAAAUCGUGGAGUGGGAAGGAAGAGGAGAGAUGGCAGAAAAUUGAGAGAUGUGGGUUACAACAUGGCACGUCUGAGAAUACUU